AUUUUCUCGGAAGCAAACAUCCGCACAUCUAGCUUGUCCACACCAUUCUCUUCUCCACCCUGGACUGCAAUUGUGUUCUGCGUGUGUCGCAAGCUCUGAGCAUUCCAAUAGUAGAGCUGGUGUCCACUGCUGUCCAUCGUGAAGGAGAAGGGUCCAGCUACCUCAUGGAUGGGUACAAGGUGAUGGAGGCGUGUGACGGCAUCCCUUUGUCCUGAUCUCUGAAGUUCGGCCACUUACGAGAAGGCUAGUGUUGAGGCUGCGUUCACUGUCUUGGAUUUCACGGCUGCUUUGGUCGCUCACGAGGUUGCUGUCACCGCCGCAAUCUUCAUCUUGGUCGCCGUCGACAACACUAGUUUGCAGUACAACCUCUAUCUGUCACAUCCAAUUGAUCCACACAAACCUCCAGUAAAUGGAGGCGACGGGCAUCAGCAUUGGAAAGUCCGUGUUGAGGGGGGCGCUCAACUAUGCCCAGUCCACUGUGGCCGAGGAGGUGGCUCUGCAGCUUGGUGUCCAGCGUGACCGCUCCUUCAUUAUAGAUGAGCUUGAGAUGAUGCAAGGUUUCCUGAUGGCCACACAUGAUGAGCGGGAUGACAACAAGGUGGUAAAGAUCUGGGUGAAGCAAGUUCGCGAUGUGUCCUAUGCUGUCGAGGACUGCGUCCUGGAUUUUGUUGUCCGUCUUGAGAAGCAAUCUUGGUGGUGUCUCGCUCGGACGGUGCUAGCCCGGCGUUAUGCGGCGAAGCAGAUGAAGGAGCUCAGAGCAAAGGUGGAGGAGGUCAGCCAGAGGAACCAACGGUAUCACCUCAUCAAGGGCUCUAGCUCCAAUCAUACCUCCGCUGCUGGGCAGCCUACCAUCUCCAGUGCGACGAUGUCCGCCGCCGAUGAUGCAAGACUGCAAUGGCAGAAAGCAAAAAUGGAUCUCGCCAAGUUGAUCAAUUACAAGAGUGAUGCACUUCGAGUGAUAGCGUUGUGGGGCACAAGUACCAGUGAUCUGCAGGAGAUGUCCAUCAUCGGAAGUGCCUAUGAAGAUCCCAUAAUACACAAGAAUUUCGAUUGCUGUGCUUUGAUCACAUUGAUGUGUCCUUUCAGUCAGACAGAUUUCAUUCGAAGCAUUGUUCGGCAAAUCUAUAUUAAUUCUUUUCAAGAGCUGGGAGAAGAAGAAAAAACAACUAUUGGGGCCGAAGUUUUGAAGAUGAUGGUGCCGGUGACAGAAGAUGGUUUGGCUUAUGAGUUCAAGAGAUAUUUGAAUGACAAGAGUUAUCUAAUUGUACUCAAUAAAAUUAACACCAUUGAAGAUUGGGAUUGCAUCAAAACAUGUUUCCCAGAUAACAAGAAAGGAAGCCGAAUCAUAGUAUCCACUGAGCAAGUUGAAGUUGCAAGCUUAUGUGUAGGAGCAGAGGAUGAAGCUCUUGUGCGUAAGAAGUUAUUUGCUGAUCAGUCUCUUUAUGUUUUCUACAGUAAGUUUUCUCAGGAGGGAAGGAAUUCAGUGGAAAAAGGGUCCACCUCAUAUGUAGCCUCUCCUGGCAUUAACAGCUCUGCACACAAGAACAUCCUCACUCGCAUGGAGACAAUGUCUACUCUAGAGGAAUCUCGUCUCAUUGGGAGAGGGAAUCAAAAAGAGGAAAUCAUCAAUCUUAUCUCAAAUAAAGAUCCCCAGCAUUUUCACGUGUUCUCCUUGUGGGGAAUGGGUGGUAUUGGGAAAACAACACUAGUGACAGAUAUUUAUCAAACCCAAGAGAUUAGUAGCAUGUUUGAUAAGCGUGCUUGUGUCACAGUCAUGCGCCCUUUCAACUCAGCAGCACUCCUUGAGAGCUUAAUUAUGCAAUUCAGAGAUAAGAAUGAAGAUAACAAUGACACAGAUAUAAGGAGAUGUCUAGAAGGAAAGAAAUAUUUGCUUGUUCUUGAUGACCUGUGGUCCAUAGGAGAGUGGAAUGCUAUAAAACAAUAUUUGCCAGAAACGGCAGCAAGCUGCAUAAUAGUCACCACAAGGGAAGAGAAUAUAGCGAAGCACUGCUCCAGGGAUGAAAGAAAUAUAUACCCUCUUCACCAUCUGGGUCCUGUUGAUGCAUGUACCCUCUUCACCAAAAAGGUAUUUAAGGAGACCGUAAAUUUGGAUGAGCAAUACCCAGAGUUGGUUGAACAAGCAAAACUAAUAUUGAAGAAGUGCGGAGGACUUCCCCUUGCACUAGUCACCAUAGGUGGCUUCUUGGCAAGCCAACCAAAAACUGCUUUUGAAUGGAGAAAAUUGAAUGAGCAUAUCAGUGCUGAGUUGGAGAUGAAUCCAGAACUCGAGAUCAUAAAAGCAGUCCUUAUGAAAAGCUAUGAUGGUUUACCCUAUCACCUAAAGGCUUGUUUCUUGUAUCUGGCCAUCUUUCCUGAAGACUACAUGAUUGUACGGAGACGCUUAGUGCGUCGGUGGAUCGCUGAGGGAUACUCAAGUGAGGUACGUGGCAAGUCUGUGGAGGAAAUAUUGGACGGUUACUUCAUGGAACUCAUAAGCAGGAGCAUGAUCCUACCAUCUCAACAGUCAAUUCAUAGUAGGAAAGGAAUUGACUCCUGCCAUGUCCAUGAUCUCAUUCGUGAAAUUGCCAUCUCAAAGUCUAUGCAGGAAAAUCUUGUUUUCACAUUGGAGGAAGGGUGCAGCUUAAAUAACCAAGGCACAGUGCGUCAUCUUGCUGUAAGUAGUGAUUGGAAGGGGGAUCAAAGUGAGUUUGAGAAUAUAGUGGACUUAUCCAAAGUGCGAUCAUUGACAGUGUUUGGAAAUUGGAGACCGUUUUACAUUUCUGAGAAGAUGAGGUUGCUACGAGUGCUGGAUUUAGAAGGCAAGUGGGAUCUAGUUGAUCAUCAUCUUGAGGACAUUGGGAAGCUUGUACAUCUUAGAUAUCUUUCUCUAAGGGGACAUGCUGAAAUAUUUCACCUGCCAAAUUCGUUGGGGAAUCUGAGACAACUCCAGACACUAGAUAUUUCAGGUACGAACAUAUUGAAGCUGCCAAGUACCAUCAGCAAGCUUGUGAAGAUGCAACGCAUUCUUGCUACUGGCAUAGGCCAGAUGCAUCCUACUAUAUAUGUAAAUAGGCAGUCGGUCAUGAGUUUGCCUUCAAAUUUAAUUCGUUGUUGUGUGGCUUGUUGUGUACCUAAUCAUGUGGGAAAGGAGAUUCUGGGACUUGCUGAUGGUGUACUUAAAAGGCAUGAUGUAUGCACUGCGUUCUGCUGCAGCAUAUUACCUUACUAUGCAGCAGGACGAAACCGAGGUGGUGUUGAAGUUGCAAGAGGGAUUUGGAAGCUGAAGGCCUUGCACACACUGCGUACUGUGGAUGUCUCAGUGGGAAAGGUUGUUCUAGAAGAUAUAAAAAAACUCACCCGGUUACGCAAGUUAGGAUUGACAGGCAUCAACAAGAGAAACGGUCAAGAGUUGUGUUCAGCAAUUGCUCGUCUCAGCAGCCUGGAGUCAUUGUCACUGCACUCACAUAGUUUAUCAGGCUGCUUGGAUGACCUGUCCUCACCUCCAGAAAACCUGCAGAGCCUCAAGUUGAUAGGCAACCUUGUUAAACUGCCGGAGUGGAUCCAAGGUCUCAAAAGUCUCGUGAAGCUGAAGCUAGAGCGGUCGAGUAUAUCGGAGCAUGAUGCGGCCAUGCACGUCCUUGGGAAUCUACCAAACCUGGCCACCCUACGUCUAUUGGGUCACUCGUUCUUUGGUGAAGAGGUCAGUUUCCGGCGGGAGGCAUUCCCGAGCCUGAAGGUGCUGCAGCUGGUAUGGAUAGAAAACAUCAACCUGGUGGGAUUUGAAGAAGGAGCAGCCCCUAAGCUUGAGUUGGUGCAGUUUUACACUGGCCGAUGGAGUCCUAGUAUUGGUUUGUUCUCUGGGUUACCAUAUCUCCCAAGCCUCAAGGAAUUUAUGCUGGAGGAGUCGCACUGGCGUGAGACCCAGUCCGGGUUCGUGGAAAACCUGCGAGGCCAGCUGGCAGAGAAUCAAAACGGGCCUGUUUUGAAGAGCUGGAGUCGUUGGAAGUAGCGCUGUAUCAACCUCCCUUCUCUUUUGUGUAUAUUAAUUAAUAUUCAUGCAUGUAUUAUCACGUCUGUCCCUUGUAGUAUUUGUUUUGAUUGAGUUGAUGAAUCAAGACCGUGUAUGAAGGCUCAUUUCAUACUA